ACGUCACAUCCGUUUUCUCGAUGCCGAAGCGAACGUUCCAGAGUAAUGGCGGCAUGCCGGGGUUCUUCGUCGAAAUGGUAUUUCACCCGGGAGCAGCUGGAAAACACCCCGUCCCGCCGAUGUGGAGUAGAAUCAGACCGGGAGCUCUCCUACCGACAACAAGCGGCGAAUCUGAUCCAGGACAUGGGUCAAAGGCUCAACGUCUCUCAACUGACAAUAAACACAGCAAUUGUUUACAUGCAUAGAUUUUAUAUGCAACAUUCUUUCACCAAAUUCCAUAGAAAUAUAAUAUCUCCAACCACCCUAUUUUUGGCUGCAAAAGUGGAAGAGCAACCCCGAAAGCUUGAGCAUGUAAUUAAAGUAGCGCAUGCUUGCUUAAAUCCACAGGAAUCUCCUCUAGACACGAAAAGUAACGCAUACCUCCAGCAAGCUCAAGAGCUGGUGAUACUUGAAUCCAUUGUGCUGCAGACCCUGGGCUUUGAAAUUACUAUUGAUCACCCACACACUGAUGUGGUGAAAUGUACCCAGCUAGUGCGAGCAAGCAAGGAUCUGGCACAGACUUCCUAUUUCAUGGCUACCAACAGUUUGCACCUCACUACCUUCUGCCUCCAGUACAAGCCCACAGUGAUCGCCUGUGUAUGCAUACAUCUGGCCUGCAAGUGGUCCAACUGGGAGAUUCCGGUUUCCACUGAUGGGAAACAUUGGUGGAAGUACGUGGACAGCACGGUGACUCUGGAGCUGCUUGAUGAGCUGACGCAUGAGUUUCUGCAGAUUCUGGAGAAAACUCCAAGCAGACUGAAGAGAAUACGGAAUUGGAGGGCGACACAAGCUGCUAAAAAGCCCAAAAGUGAAAAUAUGCAGUCAAUGGAUAACACAUUUACUGGGCCUUCAUUGCUUCAGGACCACGGCGAUACAGCACUUCCUGGAGUUUCCUCGUCCAACCCAAGUUUUUCCAAAGCAGGUGCUGCCUUUUCUGUACCCAUGCCCGGGCAUUCCAGAGGGGUCCCGUUGUCUCUGGACGCCAUGGCUGCCACGUACAGCCCAGCCAGCCACAGUGAAUGGCCUCAGGUUAACCAGAGCCAUUACCCCUCCUGCAUAAAACAGGAACCGCUCAGCAUCCCCAUCCACGAAUCCAUGCUGUCUUUGCAGACUUCCACUUCCUCUUUGCUCCAGCACCCUCCGCCUUACAAGACUGAAAAAACGGUUGAUUUAAACCUUGUUAAACAGGAGAAAGGAACAGCAGGCAAGCAUCACUCAACACCUCAGCCUGCUUACCCUCCUUCCGGUCAACCUCUAGUUCAGAAACUGUCUCUGGAUAAGUACAGAGAGAAACAUUCUGCAGAGUAUACUGUCCAGAAGCGCAGGCAAGAGCCCCAUGGAGGCCUAAUGGACUGUGACGUAAAAGGCAACUUGACUUCCUCUUCUACCUAUGCACCAACAAACAUUACCCACAUAGAACAUAGAAAACAUGCACAGCCUCAUCAAGCCUCCCACAGCGGCAGCACUACACCUUCCCCUCUGAAAAUGAAAAUCCCUUCCUCCUCAACUUCUUCAGGGCAAGACAGACGCCAUCAUGGAGACAAAUCUUUGCUCAAACUUCGUCUGCCUGUCCCCGGGUCCAGCAGCAACGCUCCGCCAGAAAAGAGCGGACAACCAAUCAAAGAUGAGUUCAAAAUGAAGAUCAAAGUUUCCUCAUCGGAGCGGCACAGCUCAUCAGAUGAAGGCAUUUCUGCCAACAACAGCAAGAGCAAACAUUCCAGCCCGUUGGUGAGCAAGGAGAAGCAUCGCAGCACCGAGCACAACCUCCAUCGCCCCCACAAGCACAGCGGCAACGGGCGAGGGGCCGCUGAGGCUGCGGGUGUGCUGCGAGUUCCUCCUGGUCUGGUGGCAAUGGAAGGAACGGCACUCGGUCAUCCCUCGUCCACCACUUUGACGUCGUCAUCACGAAAGAGGGCCUACGCUGAGGGCGGCCACAACCACCACCCCUCAUCCUCGACUUCCUGCUCCAAAGUGAGCAAAAUCUCCAAGAGUGGCACUAGUGCUGCAGGUGGGCUGCGGACCUCUCAGCAGUUCCUCCCUCCUGGCGAAUCGCCACAUGAAGUGGGAGAGCAGAGACACUGAGUCCGACGCUCUGCAGCACAUGGAACUGGCACCAAACUACCGACCACUGAGACUUUGAAGACUAUGCUGACCUCUUUGUCAAGUGCCCUAAGAAAAUAACACUUUGUGAAUAUAAACCCUUUACUGAGAGGCAGAAAGCGUUGCUGCAAAUAAUUAUUGUUGGACUUCUCUGUUUCUGAGAGAUAAGAAAGAUGAAUAAUUAUGCUUCCUGUCGCACCUCGGGGCUGCGACGUUCAGUCCUUUCUUUGUUAAUGUCGAAUUGCUGCUCAGUUUUCACUUUCUCCUCGAAUAGGUGGAAGAAUUUGCAAACGUGGAUGCAUAGGGUGGGGAAAGGUUCCAUCUUCACGUUGUAAGACCUCCAUAUGAGAGGACAAGUAUUACAAGUUCUAUAAAAGCAUGGAAGGUGCACUUUCUUCAUUUUCAUGUUUGUUUUUGUUUUUUAGUAAUUUAAAUCUAUUGAGUGAUUAUAUGGAAGAAGUUAUCUGACCAGCUGGAGAUGAGUUAAUUUGUUUUCUGGAAUUCCACUUGAUAUUGUUAAUGGAUGCAAUAUUUUUUUUAGGUGUAAAGUUCCAUCUCCAAAAUUAUUUUCUGGUCUUGGUUUCCUUUUUUAUACUUAAACUGCAUUUGAUUUGCAUGUUUCAAUCAUCAAAGGGAUGUGAGAGAGGAGCACAUAACUUGCUGUUUACAAAAAAAAUGGAGAUAAAUGUACAUAUGUUUCUUUUGUAUGUUUAAAGAAGAAGCUAUACCAUGACUACUCAGGUUUGGAGCUGCUUGUAAUUAUAACAAGAUGACUAUAAUACAUAUAAAAGUUUUAUUUCAUGGCUCAGUUGAUUGGAGGUCACCGCCUGAAUGAUUGCAGCAUUCCAGGAGUUCGACUUUCUGUAGAUGGUGUACUGUUGGAUUCCCACUACAACAAUGUCACAGCAAUCAAUUUGUACCAAAAACCUUCUCUUCUAAGUAGACCUUAAGCUGGAUGCCAAAGGUUGUGCCUCACAUAAAAGGGAUGCUACUAAUAUGAUACUGAAGUUUACAUCAAGUGGAUCAAACAUUGCAUAAAGUUAUCAGCCCAUUUAACCACAUUUAGGUCAUAUUAGAUCUGGAGAAAAAUAUUUCUUGUAGGCAAUGCCAGACGAAUUUAGAUUCUCUCCUCUCAUGUAUCUGUUUGGAAAUACCUUUAACAUUUAAACCAUCACUUUCAGCUUACAUCUCUCAAGAGCCUGUGCCCUAUAAUCCCCUCUGUAUUGUAAAGCAUCCAACAUACCAUAUUGGUCCAAGGCUGGUGGUGUUUGUAUGUAAUAAAGCAUUUACAGUUGAACAUUAAAUGAAAAACUGCAAUUGUUUUAGAAAAAACAUGAACCGCUCAUCACGUCUUUCCACUUCUCAUUUUAAUAUAAUGAAUAAACUUCAUUACCAUCACCA